AUGUCGGCCGAAGCCAUCGCCGAAAUGGCGCCUGCGCCUGUGCCUGUGCCUGUGCUUGAGCCUGUGCCCGAGCCAGAGCACGCUCAGAUCGAGGUCGCAAGUGCAACCGAAUCUCCAAAUGCCGCUCGAGCUUCGCCCAAGCCGACAACCGGCCUGCACUCGCCUCCCGACAGCAACAAUGCCAUGAAGCUCGACGGCGAUGACGAUUCUGAGCUUAGCGACUUGGACGACCCCGAACCCGAACCCCCAUCCAGCCAUGCUGAGCCUGAGCAGUCAACCGACGUCGGCCCAGAUGUCCCAGCCGAGGAACAUGUCGGCGUGGAGGCCGCUGCUGAGCAGGAUGAAGACAUUGGCCCAGUUCUUCCCGAUCAUUGGUCUGGCACUGUUCCGGUCUUCAAGCCGGACAUGCACCAAUUCAAGGACUUCAAGAAAUUCAUGGAGAAAGUCGAUCCCUAUGGCAUGAAGUCUGGAAUCGUCAAGAUUAUUCCACCCGCUGAUUGGAAAGAGAAGCUACCCGACUACCAUGACUUGGUCAAACAAAUCAGAGUGCGAGAGCCUAUUAAGCAGGACAUUAUGGGAACCAACGGAACUUAUCGUCAAGUCAACCUCCUUCACCAACGCUCUUACAAUCUUCCGCAAUGGCGCCAACUCUGCGAUCAGAGCGAGCACCAGCCUCCCGCCAAAAGAGGUGAACGACGAGCGAAUGCGGAAAGGUCCAGGCCGCCACCCAGAUCUAAAGCUGCUUCUUCGAGCACAACCACGGCGCCCAAGGGACGCAGUGGCCGUGCUACAAGAGGCAGAGCAAAGAAGGCCGCUAUUGAUGGCGCUUCCGGGCAAGACCGACCCAUGACACCAGUAUCGCCGAAACCAUCCGAAGACGUCAUGGAAUCCGUAGAGCAGGAUGACCCUGGCGCUGAUGUCGAGGAUGAGGAUGAUGCACCACGAGCUCCCGGCAGGAUGGGUGCUUCACGACAGCCCAAGGCCAAGACACAGUCGACUUCGGCGCGCAGGAAGUAUUCCCGGAGAGAGGCAUCAGCCCGGAUCGAUGAAGAAGCAUUCAAGGACUGGGACUACAACAUGGAUAUUUCCGACUACACUCCUGAAAGAUGCGAGGAGCUCGAGCGCAUAUACUGGAAGACGCUCACAUAUGCGCAGCCUUUGUACGGUGCCGAUUUGCUUGGCACCCUGUUCUCAGAAGACACGGAGCUCUGGAAUCUCAACAAGCUGCCAAAUCUUCUGGAUGUCCUCGGCAGUAAGAUUCCCGGCGUCAAUACUGCCUACCUAUACUUGGGAAUGUGGAAGGCCACUUUUGCCUGGCACCUUGAGGACGUUGAUCUGUACAGCAUCAACUACCUUCAUUUCGGUGCUCCCAAGCAAUGGUACAGCAUUUCUCAGGGCGAUGCGCGUCGUUUUGAAACCGCCAUGAAAAGCAUCUGGCCCACGGAUGCCAAAGCUUGCGACCAGUUCCUUCGCCACAAAGCCUUCCUUAUCUCACCCAAUCACUUGCAGUCUCACUUCAAUAUCAAAGUGAACAAGGUCGUCUCUUAUCCAGGCGAGUUUGUCGUCACCUACCCCUAUGGCUAUCACUCCGGUUACAACUUGGGUUAUAACUGUGCAGAAGCCGUCAACUUUGCUUUGGACUCUUGGUUGCCUAUGGGCAGGAUUGCCAAAAAGUGCGAAUGUGCACAGGCUCAAGACAGUGUUUGGAUCGACGUCCAUGAAAUCGAGCGCAAACUAAGAGGCGAAUCCACAGAUUACGAGGAAACUGAGGAUGAAGAAGACGACGAAGAGGAUGAGGAGGAAGAUGAGGAGGAAUCACUUCACACCUCUACUGUCAUCAAAAUCAAACAGCCCAGUCGGAAGCGCAAACGAACCGCAACCGACAGGGGCGAGAAGAAAGCCAAGAAGAUCCGUCUACGCGUCCGGAUCAAGACACAGAUUGAGCCACCGUGUUGCCUCUGUCCCAACACUAUUCUCGACUCGGAGUUACUGCCUACUGAUGAUGGCCGCAAGGCACAUCGCAUGUGUGCUCUAUAUGGUCCAGAAACUUGGGUCGAAACAGUCGAUGGCCAAGAAAUUGUCGCCAACGCCGCAAACAUUAGCAAGGCUCGACUCGAACUCAAGUGCCUCUAUUGCCGCUCAAAGCGUGGUGCUUGUUUUCAGUGCUCUUACAAGAAGUGUGCUCGAUCCUACCAUGCCACUUGUGCCGCCGCAGCCGGUGUUUUCGUCGAAGAGGGGGAAGUACCCAUUUUCGGCGAGGAUGGUACUGAAUACAAGGAACAAGCCUUUGAAUUCAGCUGUCGAUUCCAUCGCUCUAAGCGGGACAAGAAGCUUAAUGGUGAGACCCUUGACGAUUGCAAGAAGGUACUUGAGGCUGCAGCCGCCCUCAAGAAAGGCGACUUGGCACAGCUACAGUAUUACCGCGGAGAGAUCUUUGCCGGUGUUGUGGUGGAUAAUAGACAUGAUGAGCAAACAUUCCUGGUUGAAAUCAUUCCAAACGGUGAUCGUGUCGAAGUCGAAUGGAAAUGGCUUCUCAUUCCUGACCCCUCAGACUUCCGCAUGCAAAAAGCGUCACCGAACGCCAUACCGAUGCCAACAUCCAGGACAGCUAAAGAGAGGAUCAACGCCACCAAGCGUGCGGUUGAAGAGCUGCCAAGAGCUCAAGAUGAUUUCGUGGAAGGAUUUACUUGGGCGGAAUUCCACACUGCCGAUAACCCCACUAACAAAGCACAGGUCAAGAUUGAUUUCUCGAAAGAAAACCAGGUCUGGUACUACCUUGGAAGGACAUCAACUGAGGCUCGGGCACAAUAUACAGAGAAUCUCCGGAAACAAGCUCACAACUCGAAGAGUAACUUCUUGGACACUAUUCCCCGGCAGGCCCCGCCAGUGGUCGCCCGACAAUGGCCCGCUCCUUACAACAACAAUCCUACCAAGGUUGACCGCCCGUAUCAAUACAAGCCAAAGACUCCGGUGCUUUCUGCAUACAACCCCUACUCGUACACUCAGCAACGACAGCCGGCUCAACCAUUUACGCCUUCUCAGCACAGCGAUCAGAAGUACAGUCGACAGCCAUACACUGUACAGCAAUUUGCACCCAAUGGCCUUGCGACAAAGCCGUUUCCCACUUCGACCUCUACAUUUGUCCCACAAGGCGGAGCUAGACCUCCGUAUAACAAUCAAGCGACACCCAAGACCGUGUUUCAGUCGUCCGUGCCUACACCUCAAACCGCGCCUCAACAACAUUAUACAGGGCUGGGAGCCGUUCCCCAGACAACACCGAGACCUGUGCAACUACCAAAGCCGACAGUACCUCAUUCUGCUCCGGCUCAUUCGCAUAAUAAAUCUGUGCCUUUUGGCACAGAUCCGCGAUACAGAACCUCAUCUACGUAUGGCUCCGCUCGCUAUGACAAAGGCUCAAGCUCACCAUUCAGCUAUGGUAUCAUGCAACCACCGGGGCUCGGCACCACGCCGUCGCCGCAGAACGGUCAGGUGUUUCAAGCACAGGCAAGGGAAAGGUCAAGCUCGGCUGCGUCUGCCAUGUCUCUGCCCAUGACGUCGUCGGCGAUAGGGCCGUCAUCUCAAGGUCUAGGCAGUGGCGGGCAGGCUCAAGUCGUCAAGCUACCAAUCCCCAGACCUCCGCCACCGAGCGUCCUGCAGAAAUAUGCUUUCUUCCAAGUUCAUCAUAAUAGGGAUUCAACGAAAUACCGAACGCCUUAUGCUCCUUGGGGCGGCUUUACCAAUGGUUAUGAAGGUAACUUGCGAGCACAUCUGAUGAAGACCCCAGAUGCUUUAUUCGGGUACAAGAAACAAUCUCCUGAAAUGAAUGCGGCCUUGCCAUCAAUUCCCCAGUACUCAUCCGAGACCAGCGUAGGUUCGAAAAGCUCUCAGAACCACUCACCUCACGCUGCUGGACUUGAGGCUCCUCAGCAGUCGAUGCCUCUUGUUCCGAGUGCCCAGGGAGCCUCGUCGCCAGCGACCCCUACACCAGAUAGCACAAAGGCCUUGCAGACCGCCAGUGGAUCCUACGAUCCUGAUUCAGUUCUGACUAAACUGCAUCCUGCAAUACGGGCGCAGUAUGCAGCCAUGUUGCAAAGGAGGCAGUCGCAAGAUCAGCAACACACACCGGCGCCAACACAAAGUCAACCUCGACAAGAACACAGUUCUCCAGCCCCGCCAGUCACGGCCAGAUGUCCCUUCACCCCGCCAAACGCACAAAAUUUGCGUACAAGCAAUUCUGUACUUCCUCUGCAGCCAGCAAGUGAACAUCAGUAUCAGAACCACGUACCGCCAGUACAGCCGCAGUCACUGCCUCAUAUGUCAUGCUCAGUGCCACAGCAAGUGCCACCGCAACCGUCUGCUGAUGGCCCUCAAACUUCAACUAUUGAAUUCCAAGACGUUUUAAGCAUGGUGCCAGGACACAGUGAGCAAAGGGCCAGCCCACAACAGCGGGCUCAGCCAUCUACGCCCUCCUCACAAUCGCGUCCGAUUACUCUCAGGCAGACCCCUGUGCCACCACCUAGGCCAUGGGAACAAUUGCAAAGGGCUGUGCCAGCCACCGUUAUGCCACCACCGCCACCAGCACAACCUCUUGCGACGACGACCGGCAUAGAUCAUACAAUGACAAACACGGGGCCUGAAACUUUGCAGCCCGACCCGAAUCAAGGGCACCAGCCCAGUAAUGUAAGCGGACCUUUCUGGCAGACGCUUCCGCAGACAAUGCCUAACAGCAACAGUCUCAGCCCACAAGCCAGUUUCGAUCCAUUCCAGUUCAUCAACUUCCAGUAA